AUGGCAGUGGCGUUUGACACCAUACGCCGCCAGACCUGGGCACUCACGAAAAAGAAUUAUACGGUAGCAGUCGUCCGGUCGUUCGGCUGGACACUGUUCCGUGCCUAUAUUCUCCCACUCAUCAUUGUCAUACUACUCCUCGAGAUUCCCAACUUUACGAAAAAGACGAGCCAUAAUGGCGUGGGUUCCCCCGCUACGGUCAAGAGCCUGGCAGACUCCAUCGACAGCUCAAGGAAGCUCGCCAUUGUUCAACUAGCAAACCAGACGAGCGAUGUGCAACAAGUCAUCAAAACAAUAACCGAGCCUCUCGGCGAAGACAAGAUCAUCCGUCUCUCUAGCGCCGACGAGGUAUGGGAUGCUUGCAAUGUCGACUUCCACGGCAACUCCAACUGUCAUGCAGUACUCACAUUUAGAGACUCCCCUGGCAACGGUGCAGUCAAUGACACUUGGACAUAUUCCAUCCAGGUAGACCCCAAUCGCCGAUCAGGGGGAGUCGUCGACGUUGUCAACCACGAUACUCUGUACGAGAACUUCUGGGUGCCCCUUCAAGUUGCCAUUGACAAUGCCAUUGCAAACACGACCUCCAUGCCAGAAGUCUACUCAUACGCCAUGGUUGAUGUCGAUGAGGCCGCAAAGCGAACGAGGCAGUCAUACCUGGAGACCGCCCGUGUCAUUCUUGGAUUCGCCUUCUUCCUGUCAAUGCUGACGGUUGUGCAUCAUGCUUCGACCAUGAUGUCCUCGGAGAGAGAGUUUGGACUUGCUCAGCUCGUCGAUGCCAUGGGAGGAGGAGUCGCCUGGCCGAGGAUUAUUAGUUACAGUCUAUUUUUCGAUCUUUUGUAUCUGCCUCUAUGGAUAAUCAUUGGUGCUCUGAUCGGACACUUACUUGUACCCCAUACCAACAUGGCCAUUCCGAUAUUCUGGCAAAUAUUUGCGGGCUGGGCGACGACACACUCGGCUGUCUUUGCGACCGCCUUUUUCCGAAACUCCAACGCUGCUGUCACAAUCGUCUUUCUUGUGGCCUUUCUCCUAGCAGUGGCCGCCACCUUUGUGGACAAUCUCGGGCGGACACCUCCCGAAGUCCCCGAGAUUGCCAUUCUGUCGUUGCUCUUCCCCAGCAUGAAUUACAUCUUCUUUCUCAACUUCCUCCUCAGAUUCGAAAUCCUCGAGUUGCCCACCACCAUGGGCUCACCGCUGCCAAAGGGUGAUGUCGACACCAUGUUUAGUUCUGAAGCAGUCCGGCGUUGGAAUUACAACGUUGGGCCAUAUCUACUUUGGAUACUCUUGAUCAUUCAGAUUAUUGUGUUUCCUAUACUCGCCGGGCUGGUGGAACAUUGGAUGAAUGGAAACAACCGUCGCCGUCGCGACUUUAACAGACACCCUGAUGCCGACGGUUCUCAUGUGGCCAUUGAAGCUGCCGGUCUCGAGAAGCAUUACGGGCCCUCUAUCUGGAGAAAGAUGUUCUGCUGCGGACGCGGAAAGCCCGUCGUCAAGGCAGUAGAUGGACUCAACCUCACAAGUCAAAAGCGUCAAAUUCUGUGUCUCUUGGGUCCAAAUGGGUCUGGAAAAACCACAACUCUAGACAUGAUUGCCGGAUUUCAGACGCCCACUGGCGGUUCCGUCAACAUCAAUGCGCUCCCUUCACAGAUUGGCGUCUGCCCGCAAAAGAAUAUUCUCUGGGACGAGCUGACGGUAUUUGAGCAUCUCGUCUUUUGGAAUACCGUCAAGAGCGGCACUGAUGAUGCCGCGGCGCUCGAGAAGCUCGUCCAAAUGUGCGACCUCGUCAAGAAGAGAAACACUCUGGCCAAAAACCUCAGUGGUGGCAUGAAGCGUAAAUUACAGCUGGCUUGCAUGUUGGUAGGCGGAAGCUCCGUCUGCUUGAUGGACGAAGUGACUUCUGGACUCGACCCGAUUUCGCGCCGUGUCAUCUGGAACGCCGUACUUGGUGAGCGCUCUCGUCGAACAAUGGUGUUUACCACUCACUUUCUCGACGAGAGCGAGGUGCUUUCUGACCACAUUGUCAUUGUCUCUCUCGGUAAAGUAAAGUGCCAAGGCACUCCCGCAGAGUUGAAGAACCAAUAUGGUGCGGGAUAUAGGGUGCACCUACCCAAGACGGCGGAUGUCUCUUCCAUCACGUAUCCCGUCGUUGAUCACGGCGAUCGCUACAUUUGCAGAACUCCCGACUCCUCCUCGGCAGCGCGCCUCUUGGCUACCCUAGAGGACACCAAGGAUUCGCAAAACUUCAUCACGGGUCCCACGAUUGAGGAUGUCUUUUUAAAGGUCUCGGACGAACCUCACGUGGUAAAGGAUGGCAAUUCCGAUGGAGGGAUAGUCCACGAAAAGCCCAACGAAGCGAACCCGAGUUCAAUUCCCGAUCAGAUGCCAAAGCCCCAUACCGUGUUUUUCAGGCAGUUCAACGCCCUAUUUACUAAGCGUCUCAUAAUCUUGCGUACUCAGUGGUGGGUUUACAUAUUGACACUGGCUAUACCCAUCAUAGCAACGUACUUUCUCAAAGAUCUCUUGCAGACCUACAAAGAUGGCGGUUAUGUAGGCUUUCAGCCACCAAAAUGCGAAGAUCUUGUAGGAAGAACCAACGAACCUUCGGUAUCCUCCCUGUACAGCGCGAGCGGCGUAGUUGUCGGACCUGACCAGGCAGCGAACCAAAGCCUCCUCGCUACAGGCCAGCGAUCUUUUCCGGGUAACGUUUACUUCUAUUACGUAUCGCAGUACUAUAACGGCUUGCCGGUUGUUGUAAACAAUUACGACAACUUUACAAAGUAUAUACACGAUCACGCCGUAAAUGUAACCAAGGGUGGCAUAUACAUUGACAAUACCACCUCACCAGUACUUGCUAUUUCCGCAUCAGCAUACGAUUCCGUUUCCUUUACCAAUGUCUUCAACAUGAUGAGGUUGAAUAUCACCACCAAGAUGCUCGUUGGAGAUCUGAGAUCGGUAUCCUCGUAUGAAAUGUCAAACUCUCUCCUAUACAACAUCAUAUUCUGCCUGCUCAUGGCCAUUUACCCUGCCUUUUUUGCCUUGUACCCGACAUACGAGCGGCGAUCAAAAGUCCGAGCGUUGCAAUACAGCAAUGGAAUACACGCUCUACCUCUAUGGUCGUCCUACAUGGUUUUCGACAUGAUGUUUGUGCUCAUCAUCUCUGUCGUAUGCACUGCAUUAAUCCUCACGCUGGACACGGAGUUCUGGGCCCUUGGCCACUUGUGGCUCGUCCAAUUCCUGUAUGGCAUCGCCGCGCUUCUUCAGUCGUACAUCAUCUCGACUUUCUCGUCGUCACAGCCAGCUGCGUUGUCCUGGGCAAUGAUCAUCAUGAUGAUUGAGUUUGUUGCUUCCAUGAUCACCUUGGUCGUCGUGGGAGACAGCUUGGCAGGCGAUACAGUCACUCUGGACGGCACAACCUACGCUCUGGGCUUGAUUUUCCCGAUCCAAAACUUGCUGCGAGCUAUUGCAUUGAGCUUGAACUUGUACAUUGUUAGGUGCCGCGGAACCACUGCCAUCAAUGAUCCGGGCUCCAUCUAUGCCUUUGGUGGCCCAAUCUUGCUGUUGAUAAUCCAAAUCAUAGCCUUCCUGGGUCUUCUUGUCUGGCUCGACGGAACUAUUCUGCACUUUUCAAGAACCAAAACGCCACAAACCGACAACGAGAGGGCAGCCGCUGGGGCAUCAGGCCGGCCCGACGUCGACACCGAGACCGCCAGGGUCGAAGCCUCAAAGACCGAUCUCCUGCGCAUGUUGCACGUGUCCAAGCGUUUCGGCGGCACUCACGCCGUGGAAGACGUCUCAUUAGGCCUGCGCGAAGGUGAGAUCCUGGCCUUGCUGGGACCAAACGGCGCCGGCAAGACGACCAGCAUCAACAUGAUUCGCGGCGACAUGAGUCCCUCGUCGGGGUCCAUCCUCCUCGAAGGCGUAGACGUGCAAAAGAACAAGCGCCAAGCCCAAGCGCACCUCGGAGUCUGCCCGCAGUUUGACGCGCUGGACCUCUUGACGGUACGGGAACACCUCGUCUUUUACGCGCGGUGCAAGGGCGUUCCCAACGUGGCACAAGACGUCGGCUACGUGCUCUCCCGGGUCGGACUGUCGGCGCACGCGGGCAAGAGGGCGGCGCGGCUGUCGGGCGGGCAGAAGCGCAAGUUGUCGCUCGCCAUUGCGCUGCUCGGCAACCCGCCGGUCCUGCUGCUCGACGAGCCCAGUUUCGCCAUGGACGCCGCGAGUAAGCGCGUACUAUGGAAGACGCUUGAAGCAGUAGCACCGGGUCGUAGUGUACUCCUCACCACUCACAGCAUGGAAGAGGCAGAUGCCCUCGCCACCCGCGCAGCCAUCAUUGCACGCCGCUUGCUGUCCAUCGGCACGACGCAGGAACUGCGCAAGAGGCACAGCAACGAUUACCAUGUCCACUUGAUCCUCAAGAGCGCCCCGCUCUCCACACCAGAAGAAAUGCAGCGCGUGGCGGACUGGGUCGUCCAGCGGUUCUCUGGCGUGAGAAGCCAAGUCACAUUCGAGGGGGAGAAUCUCGGCGGACAGGUGCGGUUCCGGGUGCCCGCCGACGCCGUGGUGCACGACUCUGGCCACGACGCCACCGUGCGGGAUCGUGCCGACGAGGGCGACGACUUGGUCUCGCCGAUUGAGAAUGAAGGACAAGGCAAGAGCUUUGUGAGACAUUUGAUUGACACGCUUGAAAAGAACAAGGAGGAGCUGGGAUUGGAUUGCUAUUCUAUUGGCGCCGCGACCAUGGAGAGCGUGUUUCUGAGUGUGGUCAAGGAUAGCGAUGCAGCAGAGGAGGAAGAUGAGAAGAAGACAAUAUGGCAGAAGAUGGGAUUCAACAGACAAUGA